AUGAAGGUGGAGCCUCUGUGGUCUCUGGAUGUGGGUACUCAGCCCGUCUACAGCUUGGUGCGGACUCCAGAUGGGACCAAGAUGUAUGCAGCAACGGGAAAAACCGUUGUCACGUUUGGUCCUGGUCCCGAAAUUACUCGGCAGACAUCUACUCAACACCCACUCGUCACAUGUCUGGCGAUCUCUCCAGACGGACACAUGGUCGUCAGCAUGGGGACAGAUGGGGCUGUGAUGUUUAACGAUUCCACAGGGGCCGCUCUUUUCAAAUACAGUCACCAGAAUGAAGUACAGGCCGCUGCCUUUUCUCCAGACGGGUCUCUCUUUGUCUCUGCUGCUAUAGGAGAUGUUGGUAUCUAUCAUUGCAGGGACGUGAAGACGAAGGUCAUGAAACAGUCCUUCAAAGGAACCCCUCGCGCCAUUGCAUGGGCACCCGGAUCCGACUGGUUUGUGAUUUCCACGCAGGACGGCGACUUGGUCAUAAUGACUCCCGAAGGAAUGGAGUUAAAUAGCUGCAAUUUAGGAGCCCCUGCAUGGGCGUUGAAAGUAGUUCAGUGCAGUUCAUUUCUCGUUCAACCUAAUACUGCUCUGGAUGUGGACAUUGCCAACAGCAGUGAUGAUGAAUUUACGAUCCCUCAAACGGUGACCCCGUCCGCAUCAGCAUCUGGGCGCUCUGGAUCUGGAAAACGGCACAAGGUAGAACUUGAUCGCGAGGAGUUUAUUACGUCUCACAACAUGGACAACUUCCGUAUAUUAGUUGCAUCUUGGGACAUGCGAUAUCGAGUGAUAAACCCGUCUGUUUAUGCCGACGGAGCUUGCAUUGCGAAGAUGACUGAUGGGGGCUCCGAUUCUCGAUCACGUUCUUCCUCGCGGCGUAGGUUGGAUGGGCUCCUAGUGGCUGUCUCUGAGAUCCCAUUUAUACCGCUCUGCAUGGAGAUCAUUGGAAACUAUGUCUUUCUUUCUGGGGUUGGAGGAUCGGUCGUGGUUCUCAAUAGUAGUAAUGGGAGGGUUCUCUCGUCUCUCUAUCAAGUCUGGGAGUCGGACCCGUUCAUCAGCAAGGCCCCCCUAAUCCCCACAGAAUCUCAGUCCAAACACUUGCCGCAAAAGAGGACCAUCAUGGGUCAAGUGACAACAUGCACCGACGUCAAUCAGAGACUCAUGGAGCUUCGCAAGCGAGAAGCCAUGGCCAAUAGGAACGUGAAGAAUGUGACCAAUCCUCUUGCUUUCCACGGCAUGCACACCAUCUGGUGCUACUCUAUGAUACACGUUGAGCCAUCCUCUUUAAUACUGGGAUUAAGUAAUGGGGUAUUGCUCUGUCUCUCUCUCAGAUACGCAAUGAUUCACAGUCAGUAUGGCAGCCUCUAUGCUUACAGGCGAGGCCUAAUGAGCGUCAGUGUUAUGAACCUUUCUACUGGACGGGAGUCAAUCUUAGAAGUAGGGAUGCAUGUCGAGAACCUUUCUAUUUAUGAGUCAACGCUUGCCAUAAAAACAUCCUCUAGAUUGCUUCUCUAUCGCCUCCAGGAUCCUGCCUUAAAGAAGCGUAACAUAGAAAGUGUUAUGGACUAUUACAGCUCAUCUACGAAUGGCCUUAUUGAGACAGACAGGUCCAGACGGCAAAACAUGUCAUCCCUCAGUUACUCUUUUGAGACAUCAAUUAAGAAGCGGUUCGUUUGCAGCCAGCUGAUAGUUUCCAAUAACCAUUUCUUCCUGUGCAAUGUCUCCCACAUAUCUGUUCACGACUUCUCUGGGAAACAGACCGAUAGAUGGACUUUUAAACAGCUUAAGUGCACCUAUGUGAGGUCUAUCGGGGGGAUACCCAGCAACGAGGCUGUGCUUGUUGGUUUUGAUACUGGAAAAGUAUGCAUCUUCAAGAUUGGAAACAAGUUCCCCAUAGAGCUGCUUCUUCAUAGGUCACCUAUUGUUUCAUUAGAUAUUAGUCCCGAUAGAAAGUAUAUCUCUGUUGUCGACAGGAGUGAUGUUGUUAGUGUGUACAAGUUCCUGGAUGACUCUGAGAUUGUCCUAGGAGCUACCAACAUGGCUGUAGUAGAGCACGAAAACACGCCUACAAGUUAUUCGAGAAUAGCUGCUCUUGCGCACGUCUCCCUUGACGGAAACUUGCCUGGGAUCACAACUGGUCAGGACUAUUCCGUUCCCUUGUACACAUUCAAAGGCACCACCUCAGCUAUUUGGGACCUUGUACUUCCUGGGGUGCUGGCGCGAAGCACCCAGAAGUCUGUAGAUAUAUGUAUAGACAGCGGAGUUUCAUAUACGUUUCAGCUGUCCUAUCCAGGGUCUUUUGUAUUAUGCCAGAACGGCAACCGCGCAUUUAUAUUCAACGUCAGCUACUUAGGCCAAUCGCUCGUUAACCUAGAUUAUUCAUCUUUGAUAGAGAUGGUCGAGGUCCCUAUGAUGCCUAUGGUUAUCUAUCGCACACACAAGGUGUUGCGUAUGCUUCUAGACUCGAACUAUGAAGCAGGAGCUGUCUUUCCUUCACAAGCUGCCAACUAUGAGCUUAAUGAGGCUAUCAAGGCGGCUAAUCUUGGUGUGCCAAUGGAUUGCUGGCGUGACCUUGCAAUUGCCGCAUUGCUCAGUAAUGAGCUUGAUCUUGCCAGGGAGGUUCUUGCCACCAUCGGUGACAUCCGUUCCCUUAAGGCCAUAGCAGAGAUCACUCGCCAAACAUCUACAAAAACGUAUCUCUUACUUUCAGCCUUAGCUCUCAGCAUGUGUGACCAUUUUUCUGAGGCAAGCCUACUCUUCGCCGCGUCAGACGAUAUCCAAAUGGCGACUGAGCUACUUUUCUUUAUUAACCGCGAAUGCAUUCCUUACAACAGUCCAAACUCCUCAUUAAUAAGCUCUAUUGCAAAGAAGCUGAUUUGCAGAGAACUACACUCCAGUCUUACUGGCACCGAAGAAAAGAUUCUAGAAGUACUUAAGACGCAGGGCGAUAGCACGUAUUCACCACUGGGCACUCAAACAGCUCCUGAGGCGAAGGAGACUAACACUGCUUUACUUACAGAUUUCUCCGACAAACUCUUGGCUAAAGGAAGGGCGACUGUUAACAAGUUUUUAUCUGCCAUUGAGUCAGGCUCGUCCAAGGCUGACGGACCGGGUAAUGACAACAAAGACACAUACAACUACUUUAACGAUUACCGCAUCUUGCUACGGAGACAGAUAUCUAGUUUUGCAAAGACAGAAUCGGAGAGAGCGAACCUAGUUGUUCGGCACUCUAAGUUCUUGGAGACGAGUCUUGAGUGGCGGGCUGCAGCAGCAAGCUAUCUAGACAUGGAUGACCCCGAGAGUGCUAUUGAUGUUCUGAUCACAAGCAAGCAGACAGGUGCACUUCUGAGAUUGGUCAGAAUUUUCCCACCUGUUGCUCGUGAACUGAAUCAUAAGGCUCCGAGCUUUAACGACUUUGAGUCACCAGAAGACGCAGAUGAAUAUGCUCCAUCCUCUGUUCAAAACCAAAUGUUGAAGCGUGCAUAUCGGAAAGCACUUGUUUACUUUGAGAAGAGUAAUGACUACUCCAACGCUAUUUUCAUAGCCCAGCGCCUCGGAGAUCCUCUAGUGUUGCUACGCCUGCUAAUUCAGCAAGGCAGUUGGAGUCAAGUGGAAGCCCUUGGAAAGGCCUAUCCGGAAAUGAUGCCCUCCAUUCAUGAGGCGAAGGCUUCGAUGUUACUGCGGGAAGGGCGGUUCAUUGAGGCUCUGGAGAGAUUGCGCUUGUCAGGAAACACAAGCAAAGAAGCGAUUAUCAUCAAACAACUUAUAGACGCGUCAAUAGCGGAGUGUAAGUUCAAUUUGACUCGCGCCCUGACAGGACAACUUGCAAAGCAAAUAGCAAAGACGCGCGCUUUUGCGGCACUGUCUGUUUCAAGCAUGGAAUACUAUGCUGCAAUAAAGGCUAUUAGAGCCCGUGUCCUGGUCUAUACCGGCUACCAGCAAGUCAUGGAGUACAUGGUAAACAUUCUCAGAAGCCGCGAUCUAUCUGACAUAACAAUGAUAAGGCUUCACGACAACACGCAGUCAGCCAAAGUAGUGACAGCAGGGAUCUUCCUUACAAGCUAUGCUGCAAUGGCCAAUGAGCUCACCAACGCUGAUAGCGUCUUUUCAGAGGAGCUAGAGAACAAUACUGGCAUUCUUUCUGGAGAGGACACAGUCAAAGCUUCAAGCCAACGAUCUAAAAAGGAUAAUCCCCCGUCUUUGCGCUCCACCAUAGGCUUUAUAACCUCAUCAACAACACCGCAGCUGGGCUCACUGGCCCACAUUGACCUUGGAAUUAAUAACAUGAAUAUACCGCCAGGCAUCUCUGAGCUUAUAAUUUGGGUCUGUCUUGCCCUGGCCUCUCGAAGGACCUACCCAGAAGUUGAGGCUCGAGCUCUGAAAAGGAUUCUUGCCUCGCGGAUCCCAGGCCCCAUGAUAGGGUAUUUUCGGCGUCAAAUGCUUCUUGUGAAAGGCACCCCCGCAAAAGAUUUCUCACACGGCGAGUCCAGCGAUGCAGAAAGCCGCGACGCUUGUCCUAGAUGUGCUGCACCGCUCAAGGCUCUCCCUCCGUCCAGGCCUGUAGGUGCUCAGGACAUGGCGAUCCUUUCCAGUCUACCGCAUUGCUGUCCUGUAUUCUCAGAUAUAUGCAAAAACUGUGGAUCGCCUAUAGUGCGUUCUGCUUUAAGCCUUAAGAUCCUUCCUUUGGUUUUGGCUGAACCCGAUGACGAAACUAGUAUUGCAGUUGCACUUGAACGGGCUGCUGCAGUAGAGAUGGAUAUCGAGGCCCUUAUGGGAGAGACAAACCGAUUAGAAAUAGGCACUGAUGAUCUGCAGACUGAUGAGGGUGUCGUUGACGUGCUGCGGAGAGCAAGCAUCGCCGGAGAUGGCCGUGGGGCCGUCCUUACCAGCGAGCAAUUUGAAAAGAUAUCACCGGCAAAUAUCUUCAUAGUGGACGACACCUGGUCUAACCCAUCUCUCCUUCCUCGGUUUGUCGUUGGGAAUGUAAUCAAGCGUUUCUUUAUACGUACCAUAAGCGACUUUCAGCUUCACUACUGUACGGGAUGCGGAUUCUUCUUUGACGGCAUAGAGUAUGAGGAGUACGUCAUCGUCACGGGCAGCUGCCCCAUUUGCGGGGCUACCAACAUAGUACUGUAA